AGUAAAAUGGCAGAGGCCAGUAUUUCAGAGUUUCAGGACCAGUUCGCGUGUCCAGUCUGUCUGGAUCUCCUGAAGGAUCCUGUGACUAUUCCUUGUGGACACAGUUACUGUAUGGGCUGUAUUAAGGGCUGCUGGGAUCAGGAUGAUCAGAAGGGAGUCUACAGCUGCCCCCAGUGCAGACAGACCUUCACACCAAGACCUGCUCUAGGUAAAAACACUAUACUGGCUGAGAUGGUGGAGAAACUGAAGAAGAUGAGACUCCAAGCUGCUGCUCCUCCUGCUCACUGUUAUGCUGGACCUGGAGAUGUGGAGUGUGGUGUUUGUACUGGGAGAAAACUUAAAGCCAUCAAGUCCUGUCUGGUGUGUCUGGACUCCUACUGUCAAACUCACUUUGAACAACAUGAAAAACUGUUCAAAGGGAAGAAACACAAAGUGACUGAUGCUACUGGAAAACUACAAGACCAGAUUUGCCCUCAUCAUAAUGAACUGAUAAAGCUUUGGUGUCGAACCGACCAACAGUUCAUGUGUUAUCUGUGUAUGUUGGAUGAACACAAAGACCAUAAAACAGUAUCAGUGGCAGCAGAGAGGACUGAAAGACAGGAUCUCACACUGGAUCCCAACACAGCCCAUAAAGAGCUCUGUCUGUCUGAGGGGAACAGAGUGGUGACAUGGAGUAACACAGUCCAGUCAUAUCCUGAUCAUCCAGAGAGAUUUGAUAGGUGGUCUCAGGUGUUGUGUAGAGAGAGUUUGUCUGAAUGCUGUUACUGGGAGACUGAGUGGAAUGGGGACAAAGGGGUUUCUAUAUCAGUGUCAUAUAAAGACAUCAGGAGGAAAGGAGGGGGUAGUGAGUGUGGUUUUGGACGUAAUAAUCGGUCCUGGAGACUGCACUGCUCUCCCUCCAGUUACUCAUUCUGGCACAAUAAUAGAAAUACUAGGCUCCCCAUAGUUCCCAGUUCCUCCAGAAUAGGAGUGUAUGUGGACCACAGAGCAGGAACUCUGUCCUUCUACAGCAUCUCUGACACAAUGAGCCUCCUCCACAGAGUCCACACCACAUUCACUCAGCCCCUCUAUUCUGGAUUCUGGGUUGGAGGAAGCGUUUUUACUGGUGUAGGGUCAACAGUCAGGUUAUGUCACCAUCAAAAAUGA